UUACACGACUGCAUUUAUGUAUAUAUUUAUCGGUAAUGAAUACUAAAUCAUCUUCCAGACAAGAAAAUAAAAAAUUAAAAAAUUCAAAGUUCUCUAUGAAUCUAUUGGGCCUAAUACCAUGGGUCUAAUACAAUUUUUUUUUGUUUUUGUAAACAAAAUUUUCAAUUAGGCCCAAAAAAAAUCUCCCUCUAUCCCUCAUACAUCAUACUUGUUCCAUUUCUCUCAGAAUCCUAUUUGCCAUUGCAGCGAUUAUUCUAUCAAUCAAUCCACCUUAUCCUCAACUUCCCAAAUUUCACAGUUCUUCCUAAAAACCCUCUAAAAACCCUCAAUUUACUCUCUCCUCACUCCAAUGGCGUCAACUCAAAUCCGCCAUUAAAGACCUCAAAACAAUCUCCAUUAAAGCAACUCACAAUACUCUUUCCCAGUUCUACCAAUGGACCUCUCAUCCACCAUUAAAACACCCCAUUUCUCAAAAUGCGGGGAUCUUUCCUUCUCAUCUUCUUUCCCAUCUUUCUCUCUCCAAAUCCCACUCAAAAAACCCCAACCCCUUUUCCGCCAUCGCCGAAUUCUCGCUGUUUCUGCCAUGGAUUCUCAAGAACUCCCUAAAACCAGCCCUCAGAGACUCCUGAAAGAGUUAGCUGAGCGUAAAAAGGUAAUAUCCCCCAAAAGAAAAGCACCCCCUAGAAAAUACAUCCUUAAACCUCCAUUAGAUGAUGCUAAAUUAGCUCAGAGAUUCUUAGAUAGCCCUCAAAUGUCCCUUAAACAAUUCCCUUUAUUAAGCUCUUGUUUACCCUCUUCAAAGCUUAAUAAUGCCGAUAAAACUUGGAUUGAUGAGUAUUUACUUGAAGUUAAGCAAGCUUUAGGGUACCCUUUAGAACCUUCUGAUAAUUUAGGGGAUGAUAAUCCUGCUAAACAAUUUGAUACUUUGUUGUAUUUAGCAUUUCAGCAUCCUUAUUAUGUUUCUUGUCCUAGGGUGAAUGCUAGACAUGUGAAACAUGGGCAUGCUAGGUUGAUGUUUUUAGGGCAAUAUGUGCUAGAAUUGGCUUUGUGUGAGUUCUUCUUGCAGAGAUAUCCCCGGGAGUCGCCGGGGCCGAUGAGGGAGAGGGUGUUUGCUUUGAUUGGGAAGAGGUACUUGCCUAAAUGGAUUAAGGCUGCUAGUUUGCAUAAUUUGGUCUUCCCAUUUGAUGAUAUUGAUAAGUUGAGGCGCCAUGAGAGAGAGCCGGCUUCGAAGUCUGUGUUCUGGGCUCUGUUUGGGGCUAUAUACUUGUGUUAUGGGAUGCCAGAAGUUUAUCGUGUACUUUUUGAAGUGUUUGGGAUGGACCCGGAAGAUGAGGAUUGCCAGCCGAAGAAAAGAAGGCAGCUUGAGGAUGUUGAUUAUGUUUCUGCAGAAUUUGAUGGCAGAAAACUCAGCUGGCAAGAUGUAGCUACAUAUAGGCCUCCAGAGGAUGCUCUUUUUGCGCAUCCAAGGGUUUUUAGAGCUUGUGUGCCCCCAGGCAUGCAUCGGUUCCGAGGGAACAUAUGGGAUUUUGAUAGUAAACCCCAAGUUAUGAGAACACUAGGUUAUCCUUUGCGGAUGAAUGAUAGACUCCCAGAGAUCACUGAAGCUAGGAAUAUUGAGCUUGGACUUGGGCUGCAGCUAUGUUUCCUGCACCCAUCAAAACACAAGUUUGAACAUCCUAGGUUUUGUUUAGAGCGACUGGAGUAUCUUGGCCAAAAGAUCCAGGAUCUAGUGAUGGCUGAAAGGCUCCUAAUGAAACAUUUGGAUGCUCCUGGAAAGUGGCUAGAGGAGAAGCAUCGCCGUGUCCUUAUGAACAAGUUCUGUGGAAAGUACUUGCGAGAGAAGUUUCUUCAUCGAUUCAUCAUAUACUCUGACCAGGUUCAAGAUGCUUAUGAGCACAAUCGGAAACUGAGAAAUCCUGCCACACAAUCUGUUUGUCAAGCCAUUCAUGGCCUCUCUUAUGCAGUUUAUGGGAAGCCAGACGUGAGACGCCUGAUGUUCGAGGUCUUUGACUUUGAGCAAAUACAACCAAAGCCUGUAUAAAUUUCACUUAUGUAGAUUUAGGUAAAAGUAACAUGUAUCAUUGUAUCUUUACGUUUUUUUAAAAUCCAUCAAGGGGCUUGUAAAGAUAUGCAUUUCUCCCGCUUUAUACUUUUGUUUUACUUUGUGUAAGCUUUUUAUAA